UCAUUCCAAGUGAACAGAGUUCAAAGUACACAAAAUUAAGAUGUCACGUCAAAACAACUCAAACGGAGGACAAAACAACAACGAAGUCGAUGAAUUGUUCGAAGUGAAAACGUACUUUUACAUUGGAGCCUAUCAACAAUGUCUCAAUGAAAUUAAUAAAUUGCGGGGUGGAAGCAGCUUGAAAAAGGAUUGCUUCAUGUAUCGUGCAUACAUUGCUCAGCACAAGUAUCGUGUCGUUUUGGAUGGUAUCUCGGAAGCACCAUCAACACCAGCCGGUUUGAAGGCCAUUCGCAAAGUUGCCGAAUAUUUCAAUUCAAUAGAUUCAGCCGAUAAACGAGGUGCGAUUGUGAAAUACUUCGAUGAAAAUCGAUCGAGUGUGGUGGUUGAAGACGAAAAUGCCGAUGAGGACACCGUUUACUCAUCGAUAGUCUGGGCAUUGUCAGCUGCUUCAGUCUACUAUAACGAGCAAUUGUACGAGAAUGCUCUGAGUUUGGUGCACACGGCCAUUAAAAUUUCACCCGAUUUGGAGUGUUUGGCCACACAAUUGCAGUGCCACUUGAAAAUCAAUCGUUUAGAUCUUGCCAAAGGUACGCUAUCGAAGAUGCAAGAAAAAGACGAUGAUGCCACGUUAACGCAAUUGGCCACCGCUUGGAUUCAUAUCGAACAAGGCGGUGAAAAGCUGCAAGAUGCUUAUUAUAUCUUCCAAGAUUUUUGUGAUAAAUUCGUACCGACCAGUUUGCUAUUGAAUGGUCAAGCCGUUUGCUUUAUUGCCCAGGAGAAAUAUGAAGAAGCUGAUGCUGCGUUGCGCAACAGUCUUGACAAAGAUCCAAACGAUCUCGACACAUUCAUCAAUUUAAUCGCAUUGGCUCAGCAUUACAAUGUGUCCGGCAAGCCACAAGAGGACGUCAUCAAUCGGUAUUUAUCGCAAAUCAAGGAUUUACAUCCACACUGUCAACUGGUCGUCGAUUUAGACCGGAAGGAGCAAGAAUUCCAACGAUUGUGCGCACGAUAUGCACCAACCAAUCAAGCUUAGAUCUAUUACAGAAUUAAAAGUGAAAUAUCCGUUUGUUACAGCAUUUCGUCUACAUAACCAUUAGAUUUAAAAUAAAUGCAGAGAAAAGUAUUUUCAAAACUGAAAAA